AUGUACUCCAAGAUUGCUCUACUAUUAGCUUCCUCAGCUGCUCUAGCUCAUGCUAUCACUGACACCCAAAUCGCCGAAUUGAAGGCUAUCAUGAGCGAUGUUUCAAACAACAUCUCUGAAUAUAUGGCACUAGCUACUGACGGUACCAUCUCCUUAAGUGAUUUACCAACUGGUGUCCUAUCCCUAGGUCUAGCUGUUGCCUCUGCUACCGAUGACUCUUACACCACUUUGUACGAUGACGUCGACAUGGAUGCUGUCGAAACCUGGUUGACUGUUCUACCAUGGUACUCUACCAGACUAUCUUCCGAGAUUGCUGCUGCUUUGUACACUUUGACUGCCGAUGCAUCAUCUGCUGAUGCAUCAUCUGCUGUUGCAUCUUCAUCUGCUGCUGAAGCCACCACUUCGUCUUCCAUAGUUGCUGAAUCCUCCUCUGCUGCCGAAACCACUUCUGCUUCUGCUUCUACUACUGCUUCCACUACUGCUUCCACCACUGUUGCAAUUUCCUCUUCCUCUUCCACUACUGCUACAACUGCUGCUGUUUCUCAACAAACCACUAACGGUGCUGCCAAGACUGUUGCUGGUCUAGGUGCUGGUGCCCUUGCUGCCGUUGCUCUGUUGUUAUAA